AUGAUAUUUAGUCUUCAUGAACAUUUACAAACAAAGCUUUCUGCUGUUCCGUAUAAUCGACGUAACAAAGUGUUUUGUCUGCACUGCGCACUGGAAUGUUUUCUACUGCGCAGUAGAACUUGUACAAAGGAUCCAGAAGAAAAAAUGUUACAAUGUUUUGCAAACAAGCAUCUACCGACAAAAAACAAGCACUCCAUCGUUGAAAUUUUCGACAAAUACCAAUCGUUCAUUCUGUUUUUAUUUUGUAGAAGCACAGUGAUAAGUAAUUGUCGCGUAAGUAAACGUAAGACUAUAAUUUUAGUCGAAAAGACGAUGGGAAAAUUAAAAAAAUUUAUCGUAAAACUUGAUGGAAAUAAAGAUACAUAUUUUGCUGGCGAAAUGAUUAGCGGGCAUGUAAAGCUAAAAUUAGCAUCACCGAUUCAAAUGGUUAGGUUGAUAGUAUUUGCCAAAGGAAAGGCUCGAUGUACGAGUGGAGACACAUGCAAAGAUCAAGUAUACAACAACGAGAUUACUUUAUUUGGAAAUCCGAGAAGUCGUGGGAAUAGUAAUGUGGAGCAUCCUGCUGGAAAGUACAAGUACGCAUUCAGUUCUCAACUCCCAGAACAACUGCCAUCAUCAGUGAUUGAAAAAAAUGGUGACAUUAAAUAUAAUAUAACAGCGCAGAUAGUGCUAAAAGGAUUGAAAAUUUUGACACCUAAAGAAAUGACAGUGACGAAACCAAUUUUUAUCAAGGAAGUAAUUGAUGCCAAUGCGGUUAACAGCACCGUUCCACUUCAGCAAGGACUUUGGAAAAUGGGAGGUUUCUUCGCUAAAAAAAGUGGGCGCAAAGAAGCACUCCUCCUGACGAUACACAGGAAAGUCUACUGUCCCGGGGAAAAUAUCCAAAUAACUAUAAAAUACAGAGAUGUCGUGGCGAGAGAAAUGGGUAAUAUCAAAACCAGAAUGAUUAAAUAUGUUUUGUUUAAUCCGAAAGUAAACGGAAGAAGACAUUCAACCAAAACUUUAAUCACUGUUGUUAAUGACGAAAAACGACUGACGGGCCGGGUCUAUCAAAAAAUUGUAUUGAUACCUGUUCCUGAAAAAACGCAAGCAACAAAUUUGUUGACAAAAGCUUUAAAACUUAAUUACUCAAUUCAUCUGAAAAUUGACGGAUAUCCAGAAGCUAAAUUUCCAAUUACUAUCGGAACAAUACCAUUGAAAACACCCAGCGCACCUGAAGAAGACAGACAGGAAGGGAUAGGAGUAUAUAACGAAUCAAACCUUCCUGAGUACGCAUUGCAAACGUAUCUCGAACCAACUGCGCCAUCGUACAGUGAAUUCGAUGAAGAGAAUAUGGAAUGGAAUCAAAACCUUAAUUAUCCUGGAGAAUACAUACCAGAAAAUGAAUUCGAUUUGCCACCUUCUUAUGACGAAGUUGUAGAGGAAAUUGGAGAAGAUUACUUUAUAGUGACAGACUGAGCAAACCAGAGGUGCACAGGACCAUUUUUUUUAAUCAAUCAAGACUAAAAGGUUCAUAACCCUUAUCUUGGAGGAAAGAAUACGGAAGGAGAAACAACUUCAUUUCUGUACGCUUUAAAUGUAUUGAAUUUUCUAUUGUUUUUAAUUUCAAAAGAAUCAGUGCGUGAGGUGCUCGA